AUGGAGUCAAUUACAGAGACCAAAGAUGUUUUGCGUCUGAUCGCACAGUAUUUCGAGUUGGUGGAGCUUAGAAGCUUGUCUAUACCGUCAUCAAGCGUGCUCAAGAACUCUAUCACGCAGAAUCGCAUAUACAAUGAGAUGUUCAAUGAAGAGCUUCUUUCUCCGGUCAUUCCGCCAGCUACGUAUCGACUAAGGCUGUUGAAAAGACUGAUUUUCGUUAUCGAGAGUGAUCCUCGGUGGGAUCCUGAGGAGGAUGAAAUAAUUGAGCCUUUGAUUGCGGCCAUGAUAGAUUUGAUGUCCCAACCGGCAGAGGAAUCCUCGUCCAUGUCACUAGAUACAGAAGAGCCACAACUUUCAUUUGUUUCAUAUACAGUUCCUCAAGCGGAACUGCAAGAAAGGAAACAAGUAGUAACCUUUGAAUCUAGAGGCUUGAUUUAUGGCUCUGGCUCAACGGGCUUUCGUACUUGGGAAGCUGCCUUACAUCUCGGCACGUAUCUCUCGUCGACUUCUUGUGGAGGAUCGUCACCAGUGUCAGUACAGGGCAAGAGGGUUGUAGAACUCGGCGCCGGUACUGGUUUCAUUUCGCUAUUGUGCCAGAAAUUCCUGGGUGCGGCAAAAGUCCUUAUGACGGAUGGAAAUUCUAAGUUGGUUGAUGUCUUUAAUAGGCCAUGUCUGGAACAAAAUGGUUUCGGUAGAAGCAAUGGAAGUAUCGAGGGGAGGCAGUGGGUAUGGGGCGAUCCACUGUCCACUAACGGGACAGAACAGCAAUUCGAUAUUGCUUUGGGUGCUGAUUUGAUAUACGAUAAAGCCAUAAUACCGCUCCUUAUCGAUGCAAUAUCUCUUCUAUUCUCAUCACACGGCGUGAGACAAUUCGUGAUAUCAGCUACCAUCCGGAAUCAAGAUACUUUUAGCGCUUUUCUUAACGCAUGCCGUCCCGAUUUUGAUAUAUAUCAUAUCACCUUUGUCUUGAUUCUAGGGUCAACGAUACUUGUCACAAUUGAGUCAAAUAUUCCUUCUGCCGACUCGAGUCUUGAAGAACUGAAGUCUACACCAAGUAUGCAAAUGGAGAAGUGUCUACCAAUCUCGGCAUGACGCUACUCUCGGCUUGAUGAAGUUCACGCAGGCUACGAUUCAACUAAGUCCCAUGUGGUAUAUCACUGGAAACGCAGCAUGGUUAGUCCACGGCUUUUACACCACGACUACCUCAGAUCAAGCUGGCAAGUUCCAUUGGCGGUUUCCGCUGUGACAUGCUCUACGCGUAUCAAGCAUCUGAUGUGCAAUUAUGUU